AUGAAGUUCGUCGCUGUCGCCGCUGUCGCCAUGGCCGCUCUGGCCUCUGCCCAGAACCGCAACGAGAUCCCCUCUUGCGCUCUUCCCUGCCUUGACGACUCCGUCAAGAAGGUCACUUCUUGCUCCACCUCUGACUUUGCUUGCAUCUGCAAGAAGGAGAACUUCUCCAAGGUCCAGGGUGAUGCUACCUCUUGCGUCAUCUCCAAGUGCGGUGCCGACAAGGCCGUCAGCGAGGUUCUCCCCGCAACCCAGAAGCUCUGCGAUGAGGCUGCUAAGGGUGGCAACUCUGCUCCUGCUUCUCAGUCCUCCGAGAAGCCUACUGAGACUCAGGCUCCUACUGGCAAGCCCACCGAGACUGCCAUGCCUACCGAGUCUGCUCCCGCCACCACUGACUGCCCUACCACCAUGACUUCCGCUCCUUCUCCUACCGGCAACGGCACUGCUCCCGCCACCUCUGCCCCCGUCACUGCCGGUGCCGCUGGCUUCGCCCCCAUUGGUGGCCUUGCCAUGCUCGCCAUCGGUGCUCUGGCUCUGUAA